AUGCAGCCAAAGCAGCCGUCUACUUGGAAGCAACAAGCAUCGUCAUCCAAAAGUUGCGACUUGUGCAAGCUCAGGCACCAAAAAUGUAGCAGAACAAAGCCGUCAUGCCACUACUGCCAGAUGAGACGUGUGGAGUGCGUGUACUCCGACGUCCCAGCCAACAAGGUCACUCUCUCCGCUAUCCGCCCCGCAAGAAGUAUCCCAAACACCACAACGUCAGUCACAACGUCGACAACAGGCAAGACCCGGAGUGAUAGCGACUCUCCUUCUGAUGCCGAGAUUGCCGGUCGGAAUACGAUACUAUCCAGAGAUCUAGAAGCCUUGAAUCUCACGCCCUCGCCCAACAAGACCACCGACCUUGGUAUCAGUCCAGUACCGAGCGCCUCAUCGGCCCCGAUUAGGCCUUUAGAGAUUGGAUCCUGUAAGGAGAGUUCUACCCAUUACCUCGUCGACAGUUUGGCAACGCUCUGGGCGGACAAGUCCAAUAAAAGCAAAGAUCAAAUCCUACAAGAGAAUGUUUCCAUAAUGUCCGACCCGACUACUUCGCCAUUCCUUACCGUCUGUGUGCACCAACCCAAUUAUAUUUCUCUAGAAGAGCAACUACCAGAGAAAGCUGUUGCCACGGGAUGGUUGACCACGUUGAUGAAAGGUCCGAAUAUGCUGUUCCGAGUUUUCAACGAGGAUGAGUCGUGGAGACUUCUGGAUUCGAUCUAUGCAAACGAGGACAUCAGCCAUUCUUCAAAAUGUUCCAUGUGGCUGCAACUGGCUGUUGGGUGCAAAUUCACAACAGGGUCCCCUAAGGAAAGCUACGACACACUAUUUGAUAGUGGCUGCCAGUACCUGCAGUGGUGCCUCGAGCAAUCAGACGAGAUAGCUCCUCUCUGGGUCGUGGCUCCAAUGAUGCUUACUGUUCUUUACUACAUGGACUCGAAGCCCAAGACUUGUUGGCUGACCCUUGGUGGUGCGAUCCGCCUUGCUCAAGUGCAUAAGCUAGACCGAGCCAGGGAAAGCUGUCCACGCUUGUCGGUUAAAGAGUAUGAGAGGUGGAGACAGGUUUGGCGAGCCAUGAUCACCUUCGACACGUGGCUAUCUAGCACACUCGGAAAGUGUCCGCAGAUCAACCAGGACACCACGCAGGACUCAUUUGUCCAGAUGACCCUUGAGGAAUUUGCCCUCCCAAACGACAGCAUCGAAUUCAACAUUGCCAAAUUAAGUAUGCUACUCGCCCGGUUUUUGACAAGUCUGUGCGACGGCAAAAUGACUGCCAAUACUCAAGAAGUAUUCUUCCACGCCAUCGAGGACUGGGCAUCCAACCUACCCCAGAAUCUGCGUUACUUUCCGGAUGACAAUGACCCACAAACGUCACAAGCUAACGCGGUGGGCUCACUCUACCUCGAAACAUUCUACUUCGCCUCAGUGAUGAUAUUAACCAAACCGGAGCUUUUUACGUCGCUAUCCACGGGGCGGCAGCAGAAUUCCCCGCACAGUAGACUAUUUUCGCAAGCAUGCGUGGAUGCUUCCGUCCAGAUCGGCCAUGCAUCCACAAUAAUACUGAAUCGCGGAUUCCUCUGCAAACAGUCUUGGUUCAUUACGACCCUUGUGUACCAUGCUGGACUAGUGCUGGCCUUGAGUCUUUCGGUACAAUCGACGUCUCCACGCUACAGCUUAAAGCCCAGUGGGAGCCACAGUCCAGAAACUCAGGGCCUGGAGGCGAACCUGAAUAUACUGUCAUCUUGUGCACCAUUCAAUGAUGUGGCUGCGCAAUUUGAUAAAGUACUAAAAUAUUUUCGAGCCUUGAUUGACAGCUAUGAAGAGGCCAAAUCUGCUCGCAUGAGCCACCAAAGCGACGGACGCGAACUAUUUCGAACGCCACCCUGGCCACCUGCACCGUCCUCCUGGAGGAAUCAGAGCAUAUCUACCACUACUCCCACCUCUACUCUGUGGCAGACAUCACCGAAUGUGCCGGUGAUGUACUCCCUUCCACCAUCCUCACCAUACCAGGUCCUGGCCGGGCCAGACUCCUCUAUUCCUCUCAAUCUCAACAACGAAGUUUCACAGGCUGCCGCUGCGAACUUUUACCCCCCACGAACGAUUGUGGACCCGACAUAUAUCGGAUGGCCAGCCACUCUACCAAAUGAUGCGUCGGCUUACUCCUUUGUCAGUAAAUCAAGUUCACGCUCGGGACAAGGAUCCAUAGACUCUGGCUUCGAACACUAUAAGCCCUAUAUGCAGAACUUCUGGGCCACAGAACCCUUCGACCCUGGACAACAGAUGGGCGACCCAGGAAAGGCGAACUCAAAUUCUCAAUAUGGGUAA